AUGGCGAGUUUAAGCUACUGCUCCAACUGGGAAACUACUCAUGAUCACUACCUUAACUUCAGCGAAACCUUGGACGAUGCUUCUGGUCUUGUUAUGGCGUCACCUCCUUUCUUCCCGCAGCAGCAAACAGUAGUAGAUCACCAGCUUGAAGCACCGGCGCCGGCGGAGCUUCUUUUCGGCUUCAACGACCGCAGUUUUCUUCUCCCAGAGUCGUCGCCGUCGUUGUUUUCUUUUGAUCCUCUUUUCAACUCCGGCGAGUUCAUUUUCUCCGACAACUACGUUUCUCCGCCACCGCCGCCGCCGGAAUAUUUAUUUCCCGGGGAACUCGAAUUCCAGGCCCACCCGAAACGCCAGAAGCUCUACCACGACCAUUUCCCACUGGAAAUUACCCAGAAUUGUUUCGGCGCCGCCUUCAUUCCGAACCUUCCUCUACUCCAAGACUUGAAGCCUUCGCCGCCGCCUCCUUCAUCGUCAUUGUUGCAGGAGAGCCUUUUGCCGGAGCUCCCGAGUGGUUCUUCCUUCCCUGCGUACUGUGAUCAUCGCGGGGAGACUGAGGUGGCGAAGAAGAACGAUAGCGGGAAGUGCGGCGUGAAAACGCUGUCGGCUCAGAGCAUCGCGGCGAGGGAGAGGAGGAGGAGGAUUGCGGAUAAGACGCAGGAGCUGGGAAAGCUCAUUCCCGGCGGGCAGAAGAUGAACACCGCCGAGAUGUUUCAGGCCGGUUAUAAGUACAUCAAAUACAUGCAAACUCAACUUUCAGUGCUUCAAUCCUGCCACGACUCAUCACAGGAAAGUGGGGAGACAUAUAUGAGUGAAGAAUUGGAGAGUCUGGUUGGGUCAGUAUUGAUUCAAGAAAAGUUGUACUCAAAUGACAAGUGUUUGGUUCCACAAAAGUUCAUUCAAUCACUACCAAAUGCCCAUCAGCUCGAUCAAGCCUCGCCCCUAAGAUUUGACACAAAAUCAAACUCCGAUCCAAUUAGCUAG